AUGGCGUCCGAUGAGGACGGCCAGUUUGACGUCGUCCUCAUCAACGAACUUGGGCCCAAAUUGGGACGCGGCGAGAAGGUAUAUUUUCCAAAUUUUCCGUUCAAUUUUCAUAAAAUUUGAAUAUUAACCACUUCGCCGUUUCAGCUCACCUCAUUAACUGGCGGAACUGAUGUUCUCUACGUCGGAACGUCUUCAGGGCGUAUUAUCGAGCUGAAAUCGGUCAACGGUCAAGUGAAAGCAAGAGAUUGGGUCAAGGUCAGUUUUUUCAGCACCUUUUCAGUUUUCUCCUAGUUCUUGAAUCGAUUGAGUUUUUGAAGGAAUCUGGAGGGUUUAUCAGCCAAUUGGCAUACGACAGCUCGAUUCCAUCUCUUCUCUGCGUUUUCGAUGGCCAUUUUCUUGAAGUUGACGUCUCCAGAGAACCUUUCCAAGUGGUAAAGUUAUACUUUAAUUGACAUCUUUUUUUAAGUUUUUUUCUAAAUAUUUUUCUCAAGUCAGCUGUCAAUUGUUUAUAGAAGUUUAUAUCAACUUUUUUUAUAUAUUCAGAUCGAUCCACCAUUCAAACAACGAAUCAGCAAAUUUUCCAUUGAUUCCAACCCAAACACCCAACAGGAUGGAAUUCUGAAAAUUGCAUUCGUUUUGCAAAAAAGGAUCCAUCUUUACGCCAAAAAGAAGCGCGACUGGAAAAAAGUUCACGAAACUGCUGUCGAAGAGGAAAUCAAGGAUCUAGUCUUCUCCGGGUAAUUUUCCAUACAUUUUCUUCCAAAAUUUUGCUCGGUUCAGACAAAAUCUAUGUUUCUCAACGGCCAGCGAGUACUAUGUGUACAACAUCACCAAGAAGAACUUGAUAAUGGUUCUUCCGGCUGACUCCAACUCUCUUCUGAUGAAUAUUUCUGCAAUUGGAACGGUAAUUUUGUCAAAAUUUUGUGGAACUUUUUGUAAAAAUUUGGGUUUUUCUCUCGAAGUUUCGCAAAUGGCAAUGAUCAUACUUAAGGCGCAAGAUAAUGUAAACAAAUUUUUUGUACCCAAAAUUUUUCCGUCUUUUCUUCCUGUCUUAAUGAAUGAAUCCUGAUUAAAAACCAAUUCUUAGGUGCAAUUGAACAUACGAACCUUUUUUAUUUUCCUUUUCCGCCUCAUUGUGCGCCUUCAAAUUUUCAACAACCCUGAAAAAAAAUGAAUUAUUUUUUGAAAAAAAAGAUUUUCAAAAUUUAAAAUACAUUCCAGAACGAGUUCGCAAUUGGAAGCGGUGACUUGGCAAUAUUCAUAGAUGGACAAGGAAUGGCUACUAAACCGCCACUUUCUCUUUACCGUGGUCAACAUACUGAGCGGGUUAUGAGCGUUUUCAAAUCUCCGCAUGUUUUUUUCCUCGGCAAGGACUCUUUGGAAAUCGCUGAGUAAGCCAUUGUCCCUUUUAUUCACUUGGUUCAAAAUUUGAUUUUCAGCGCAGACACCGGAAAUCGUAAUCAACUGGUUCUGAACUUGACCCAAAAGCUCCACAACAUUGCUGAAAUCGAAGGAGAAGUGUAUGCCAUCAACUCGGUCAAUGUCUUUGGAGUCAGGACUUCCAAUGAGAUUCAGGCGGUGAGUAUUUUCCUGGAACACUGUUUGGCCGUUUUAUAAGUAUACGCGCACAAUUUCCAAAUAAAUCGAAAUCUUCAGUUACCAAAAUUUGAAAUCCAGCCUUUAGUGUGCCACAUAUUCCUCAAGUUUGUAAUAUUAUGUUUUUCUAGAUUUGGAACAACAUGAGCUCGACUGAGCUUGAAGCCGAGCUCAAAAACAUGUCGGAUCUCUACAAAUCAUCGCCGGAUGAGAAGACAGUUUUCGUAAGUUUUCGAAAUUUUCAAAACUCGAAAAAAUAAUGUUGUUUUAGCAAAUGGCUUCCGUACAUGGGAUUCUUGGAAUCCGAGCGAUAAGCGAAGGUAAAUGGGAAGACGCCUUCCGACACUUAGAAGCCAGUGACAAAUCUGUCCAAGAGGUAAACCUUUUUUUAACGUGCUGAUGAUAUUUGUAAGAUCAGGUUCUUUCUCAUUUCGACGUAGAAGACGUUGCGACUUCUAGCGGCUACAAGGAAAAGUUGUUCUUCCACGACUACUUGGGUCAUGUCCUAAAGAACGAAGAAAUUCCUGACGAGCUCAGAAAAGUAAGUUUUGAGAUGUGCUCCUUAGGAUCUCUGUAAUGUAUUUUAUUUGGCUCAUCAAGUAGAUUUCUCGGAUUUUUUAAAGAAAAAUUCUCUGCACCCAAAACUUUAAAAACUGAAUAUCGAACUUUUUGCCAGUUUUGACGGUGGAAUUGUAUUCCUGAGUUUUUUUCAAUUUCCAAGAUUCCAAUGAAAUUGAGAGAGUAAGAUGGGUCCUAACAAAAAUAGAAAAUGACUUAACUCAACGUUUCUUUUCAGUACCUCAAGGCCACCUACCUGAAAAUGGUCUUCGACAACUCGCAAUACUCAACUUGGAGCCCUGAGCAACACCUUAAAAGGGCCGAAAUACUUGAAGAGAAUGGAAACAUCCACCUUGCGGCUCCUCAUUUCCUAUCAGGAGAGCCUGAAGAUGCCCAGAAAGCCGCGGAAAUUUGGCAAAGCCUUAUUGAGAAAAAGUCCGAGGAUGUUUCUGUAACUGUUAAAAAUAUCAUCGAAUGUUUGACCUGGUAAAAAUGGCACUGUUGUCAGUAAAAACUUUAAAUUUUCCAGGCCGAAGAAUAAAAGCAACGUAAAGCCGGUCCUUAAAAUGCUGGUGGCUAGCGAUGGCGCUCAGGAGCUCCUUAAGGUAUACAAAAUCGAUAAUAAAAAUUUAAGAAAGCAAUUUCCAGCUCGUUAAUUAUUCAUCCAAAGAAUUCCGCCGUCAGAAUGAGAUAAUGGGAAUCGCCGUUGCUCUUGAAUACCUGGACAUGGAUGCCUUGAAAGCCGCGGGAUCUUUCACAAGUAAACUGCAUCGGGUUAUUCUCCAACUCAUUGAAGAGAUCAUCCCAAAUGGUAGGAGUAACCUGAUUGGUACAGAAAUAACCCGAGUUUUCAGAUGAUGAAGAAGGCAAAAAUGAGGGAAAAAUAGAGCUUCGGUCGGCCUUGCUUCAAGUCGUCUCAGAAAACUCCCCGGUUCUUGACGAAAUCAAGAAGCAGCUCAGCAAAGAGAAAUCUGAAUUUGAGAUUGAACUAAGCUUAAUAAACUCCAAGGUUUGUAAAAUUUUCUGCAACUUGAAGAUCUUUGACACCGCAAAAAUGGCUUCAAAUGGGCUGUGAGGGCUUAUUGAAAUAAUUUUCGGCCUCAACUCUUAGCGGUUUCCAUGAAGUUACUAUUCUAUGCAAUUUUUUGCUGUUAAGUGAAGAGUUUUGAAAAAUUGGUAGUUCAUAUGUUUCACAGUUUCGAAAACUUAUAUAUGAAGAACAAAUUACAGAUCAACCUGGAUGAUGCGAGAAAGCUAGUUCAAACUCUGAUCAAGCUUGGAGACUUGAAAAAUGCUGGAAUGUACUGCGAACUGAAUUUCGCCAACAAAAGUGAGCUGGUUGUUGAACUAGCCAAGGCAUGUUCUGCCAAUAAAAUGUGAGCAAUUUUAUUACUCUUACCUCAAGAACUUUGAAGUCAUAUAAACUUUUUUGGCGGGGAAAAUAAGAUAAAAUUCUCACAUUCAGAUCGCCUCCAUUGAUAGAGGAAACCUUGCAAACUGUCAUGAACAACGUCGCUCCAAAAGACGCCAAAGAUUCUCAUCAGUGGCUUCAUGUCUGGCAGCAACUUCCGCCUGGUCUCAAGCUCAAAGAAGUUUGAAAAAGUCUAUUUUUUGUGACAACUCGGAUAACUUCCAGGUCAGCAACAAUUUGCUGCGAUCGCUCGAACUUUCUCGGGACAUGCUGAGUAGGGUAAAAUUGGCGGACGCCGCUCAGAAAGCCAAAAAGGGGAAUCCUAAUGGAGACGAGAGCAAAGCGGCUUCGAAGAUGAAACUUGUGAGUUCUCGAAUAAAAUUUCAAAGAUUUGCUGAGAUAUUUCUAUAAAACUUAAUGCUCCUUGGACUUUGAGAUGCCUUCUAUAUCGUAUUUCUGAGCUUCCCAGUACCUGAAAAAUCUUUUUUUCCAGGCGUGCCGUAGAUCAAACUCCCUAUAAAAAAAUAAAUUCUUUACAAAAAUUAAAACGUCAUGGUUUUACUGAAAGGCUGAAGAUCUACAGAUGGAAACUUGUAGCUUUUUUUUUGCUGAUAACGUUUUUGUUUCAGCUUAUAGAUAAACAGUCAAUUUUCAAUUUGAAGGCUGAAAACGACAAUUUUCAGAUUCCCGAGUCAGCACACUGCUCCGAAUGUGCUCGUCCUCUGGACUUUGACUGUGGCACCAUCGCCAUUCGUCCGAAUGGAGACGUCUGUCAUUUCGACUGCGUCCGUCGCCUUGGAAUAGUCUAA